AACCUUGCUCUUCGCUUGAAAGCGCAACAAGUACAUCAAAUAUUUUUAAUAAUUUCAACAUUAUAUUGAUUCUGUAGAAAUUCAUAGAUUUACCGAAUAAUUCGGCAAAACGAAUUUUUAAAACAUUUUUGUGAAUUUGUCGAAAUGCGUGAGAUGAAGUGCUUACCAACAAAUUGUGUUUAUUGAUGAAAAGCUUCAAAAUUCGUAUGAAAAAAAUUACCAAAUUAAAUAAAUAAAAUCUUAUAAAAAAAGUGAAGGAAAGAAUAAUACCAUAUAUUUGGUAAAAUUACGAGGAAGUUGCAGCAGAAGAAUGUCCAAACGAGACUUUUCCUUAACGUGCAGAAAUUUAAUAAUUCUCACAUAAAUUAUAAAUUAUGAAGAAGAAGGGUUACAAAGUUUAAUUUAUUAUUCUAUGGUUUAUUGUGAAUUAUAAAAUUGAUAAAUUUAUUAAUUCGUUAAUCUCUUGGAACUAUAUGCUGUAUCGUAAUUUAUGAGAAGCAGCGAUACAUACAUAAAGAUCGAUCACUAAAGAGUGAUCAUUAAAGUUUGAUCAUAAUCUAUGAAUCAUAAACUGUGAGCUAUUAAUCUCAAGUUACGAUAAAUAAGAAAACCUGAAGAUCGUUUGAUCUUCAAGAGUCAGAGUUGCAAUAGUGAACUAUGAGGAAGGGCAUUUCUACUUGACUUUUGGAAAUUAAGCAAACACAACCAUGCCACACCCAUGUGUGGUAUGCGGCCGUUCUCGCAUGAAUCCCAACAACCGCGAGGAGGAGUAUAUGUUCUUUAGUUUCCCGGUUAACGAUGAGGCACGCUGCCGCCGUUGGCUCGAGUUCUGCAGCCGCGAGGACCUGUACAAACUCUCGAAGAAGCAGCUGCUGCAACGCAUGGUCUGCUCCAAACAUUUCCGGCCGCAAGAUUUUCUUACCGAGUGCCUCGACCGUCUCAACUCUAACGCGAUACCGUCGAUCUACGAUCCCAAACAGAGCCUCUACAAUAUCACCUGUGUUCUCUGCAACAGAAGCCGAAAAGAUCCGCCAGAGCUCGAUUACGACGGCACUACGUUUCAUCAUUUCCCCGGUGAGGAGUUCCGUUGCCUCAAAUGGCUGGAUUUCGUUGGAGUCGAGUCUUAUUACAGACUAACCAGGAAAGAGAUUCUCUUUUGCUAUAUCUGCUCGAAACAUUUUGAUCGUUUACAAUUCGUUCCGGGUUACAAAGGGAGACUGGUGGAAAAUGCGGUGCCGAAUAUCCGUGAUUCCGUGAGAAGGAACGACCAGGAGCCGAAAAUCACUGAGCCAACGGAGGAGCCGAAACUCUUUGAUACGCCAGAGAAGAACAAGAAGCUGGAGCUCUUACCCGUCGAAGUACUGGAGAGCCAAGCUUGCGCGGCUUGUGGUCGCUUAAAGUCGGAUCCGCGUAACAAAUCGGAACGUUACAAAUUUCAUCCGUUCCCGGCGUACGAGAUCGGCCGAUGCCUACGUUGGUGUCAGUUCUUAGACCGCGAGGAUCUGCUCACUAUGUCGCCCAACCAGAUACGCAAGCUUGUGCUGUGCUCCCGUCACUUUGAGGCUGGUCAGAACUUUAACAAAAUAGGUCCAUGCGACGCGGUGCCAACCAUUAAAAACAUCUCCGAGCCCUUGAUAACCGUGGUCCCUGAAAAAAACGACGAACAGGACAUCAGCGAGGAGACUAAAGAGACUAAAGAUACAAAACGUUUCUCUAGGCCACUGGUGUCCAGCAAGAAACCCAAGGUGGAGAACAAACCUGCUCCGUUGGCCAAGAAACGCGGGAAAUCCCGGCGACCGAUUUCUAUCAACAUCCCCAAGCCAGAUUCCAUCAAUGUGGAUAGCCGAUUUAUCAGGAAGCUACCGUUACCUCCUCCGGUGAACUGGAAGAUCCAUGUGGGCGAACAGUUGCAGUCGGUGGCCAUGAACAACGCCAUGUCCAAUGUGACAACGUCCAAUCCUCAAGCGGAUGGACUCAGGAAAGUCAUCAUGCCGAUUACGUGGGAUAUAUCGAACUUAGGCGCGCCGAUACCAGUGAACAGCCUGUCCAGCAUGCCACCGGGACUGUUGAUAAAGAUCAAUUUACCAAAUCAGGAACAGCAAAAAAAGAAGGCGACGACUAAGAAACAGAAAAAGGAGACCAAACCGAAAGUGGAUAAAAACUUCAUGCAACUGUUGUCGAUAUGUCCGGAGACAACAGAGGAAACCACGAAUUCCGAUGAAUUUGAGGGACAAGGGGAAGCGAUACUCCCGCACUCUCUGGAGCUGAUGAAGAAAAACAAUACGGAGGCAAAAGAGGAACAAUAUUUCGGAGUAAUGAAAACCACCAAUAUGAAGAAAAAGAAAGUAAAACGAAGGAAGAUGACAGGUACCACGAAGAGAACAUUAUUUCCCAUCACGUGCGAAGUUAAGAGCUUUCUGAGGAAGCUGACACCGCUGAUGCAUCGAUUACCGAAGAGGGCCAGGGCACAGAUGAAGCUCUCUAUCGUCAAUAUGGUUAUCGAUCACCUCUAAAGCCAUGAAGAAUACGGUGGUGCUACUUUGAGCGUCCUUGAAGCUUGUAGCUUUAUUCAUCUAUCUACAGGACAGUCUUCAAGGGAUCUUAAAAAAAAAUGUAGACAAAAAUGUGACAUUGAUUAUGAACAGACAUAGGCUGCGUUUCGGUAUUUACUGUCAGUAUUGAAAAUUUACAGUUCAUAUUACAUAUACCAACAAAUUAACCCUUUGGGGACGGAGCCGCUCGACGGGCGAGCGUCGCUGAGGACGAGAGGUAUUGGAGUGCGCAGUAAAGAAAAUAAAUACGUUGAACGUUAUAAAAACUAAGGCUCUAUUUAACACAAGAAAAAUUUUUCAUAAACGGUAAAACGGCAUGGGCGGCUAUAUGCCGACACGCGUCCGGAACGGUAAAAUGGCAUGGGCGGCUAUAUGCCGACACUCGUCUCCAAAGGGUUAAAAUGGGUAUAUUACAUAUACCCACAAACGUAUGUCUAAAAGAUGUCUCAGAGACGUUUUUUACACGUUCUGUUUUCUCAAAGACAUCUUUACGUUCUUAAGACAUCUCGAUGUUCUUUGAGAAAAUUCUCAGUAUUGGCAGCAAAUACAGAAAUGCAGCCAUAGGUCCGUAUUCUGUGUGAACUUUUCUUUAUUGAUAAUAUAUAUAUAUAUAUAAAUAAUCGAUAAAGGAGUUCACAAAAUAUGGGUCAUAGAGUUUCGAAUAUUAAAAUUAAAGGAAGCAAUUUACUUGAUAGAUGAGCUCAAUUACAGAGAGAGACAGUUAAGUUAGCAAUACGUUGAUCUUGCAAAUCAUUGUUUAUAAAAAUGCAAAAAUCAACCGUUAUCUCUAUGUAUGUUCAUAAUUGAAAAGAAUGUUAUUUUUACUAUAUAUAUUUAUAAAAAGGAGUACAGAUGAUGAUAAUAAUAAUAAAUAUCGUAAUAUCAAUACUCACAAAAUCACUCUUUUUAAGCUGCAUUUCCAUCUAAUGCCUUAAUUCAGUAGCAGCUUGAGUUAAAGAAUUGAAGAUGAGAGAAGAAUGAAAUUAUAUAAUAUAUAUUAUACACGUAUCCUUUUUUAUUAUAUCUAUAGAGUUAAAAGUUGCGAAUACAGGGCUUAAAGAACUAAAAAUAAGGAUACUUUCCAUUUAGCUGUAAUUGUAGAUAGAUAUACAGUGCUUAAGUACUCUAUGAAGCAAAAAUACCUACAGUAUUUACAUU